CCCCCCUUUAGCCGGCUACUUCUUCCUCGACCGGCCCCGCACACUACUUUCGCUUCUUUCCUUCCCUCUAUUUUGAAGUCACUUACUCAGUCACCCAUCAUGGCAGACAGCGAGACCUCCGCAGCGGAAAAGUUCGAAGAAAAGAAGCAAGCAACCUCAGCGCUCAAGUCCUUCUCCUCUGGCGGCUUCGGCGGUGUAUCAGCCGUCCUCGUCGGCCACCCCUUUGACCUCACAAAGACGCGACUUCAGACUGCAGCACCAGGCGUCUACACUGGUGGACUCGAUGUGGUCAAGAAGACGCUAGCAAAAGAUGGCAUCAGGGGCAUGUACAGAGGAAUGGGCCCUCCCCUCGUUGGUGUGACGCCCAUCUUCGCCCUCUCCUUCUGGUCCUACGAUACGGGCAAGAAGAUCGUCUACGCUGCUACGCCUGACCGCAAGGACCCCAAGCUGAGCUACGGCGAGCUUGCAUUUGCCGGCUUUUUUUCUGCUGUCCCCACAACCCUCGUCGCUGGUCCCGCAGAGCGAGUAAAGGUGCUCCUCCAGCUGCAGGGCCAGGGUGGCUCUGGACCGCAAUACAGCGGACCGGUCGACGUGGUCAAGCAGCUCUACAAGGAAGGCGGCAUCAAGUCCAUCUGGCGUGGAUCGCUCGCCACUCUCGCUCGUGAUGGACCUGGCUCAGCGGCCUACUUUGUUUCGUACGAGUCCAUCAAGCGUCUCUUGACCAAGCCGGGCGAGGACCCUCAGCAGCUCAACCUGCUCAAUGUUCUCCUGGCCGGUGGUACCGCGGGUAUGGCGAUGUGGUCGAUUGCUAUCCCACCUGAUGUCAUCAAGUCCCGUCUCCAAGGAGCGCCGGCGGGAACGUACAAGGGAUUCUUGGACUGCACAAGGCAGAUCAUUGCAAAGGAUGGCAUGGCGGGGCUCUUCAGAGGUUUCGCUCCUGCCAUGGCACGAGCCUUCCCUGCCAACGCAGCGACAUUCUUGGGCGUCGAGGUCAGCUUGAGCCUGAUGAACAAGGCCUUCCCCAACUGGUAGAUGCGCGGCGACCAGGAGAGACGAGGAGAGAGAGGCGGAUUCAUCGCGAGCGGGCGACUGCGCGAAUCUGUCUUGUCCAAGGCGCAGUAGCGGU